CUUGACAUCUGUUCACUGGGGACCCCCAUGUCCGACAACCAGGGUCGACACAUCCCCUGCGCCACGACCGCCAACUGCCCCAAGGGAGGCACGUGUGUCACGUCAACUGUAGCUGGGGUGCAGAUCAAGAAAUGCUGUCUCGAUGAAUCGAAAUGUAAAAAUAAGGCCGGGAUCUGUCCCCCGUGGACGGCGAGCUCCACGUGUACGGGCAGCUGCACCGACGACGGCGACUGCCCUGACGUCAACAAGUGCUGCGCCACCGCCUGCUCCGUUCCCGGCAAACGGUGUGUGGUGCCACGGCCCUGGUUCACUUACUUCUACUUCUGAAGCAGACACCACCUGGAUCAGU